AUGAAGCCCCUCACCUACCUCUCCCUCCUCCUCGGCAUCUCCGCAACCACCGCCCUCGCCGCCCUCGGUCCAGACGCAACCCCCGACGAGGUCGCCGCGGCGGAAGCCGAGUGCGGGUCCCUGGGCGUGAUGAGGAUCGAUCCAGCAGAGCUGCCCGAGGACGUUUCGAUGGCCGACGUCCGCAUGUGCGCUGACCAUCCCCUCGGCCCCGGGGCGUCCCCGGGUUCGGGUCCUGGGGCUUUCGCCAGGUUCCGUCGGUUCUUGCCGAGUUGGGUGUUUUGA